UAUCAUAAUAUGAUAUUUGAUUUUUUUUAUUUAAUUUCAUAACAUCUUAUCAAAAUUGUCUAGUUGGCAUGCAUGAUACUAGCUAUGAUACUAUCAUUACGACCAGCCUGAUCAUUCAUCAUCCUGCUAAAAAGGGAACCCGUGUGGACCGUUGACUCACACGUAGAGACUGUUGACUCACGCGUACAGAGAUAAGGAAGAAAUGAGUGUUCGUUCCCGUUCCCGUUCCCCUUCCCAGCCCAGACUCCAGAUCUAAAGCCAGCCAGGGUUUCACGUCUCCGGGGAGGAGCAACCAGUUCGGCUGGCCGAUCUCCUUGGACCUAUCUAUCUCCAGCUGUGUAGCAGAAAUGGCGGAUCAAGAAGCUGAAUUUGGAGCGCUGGAGCGCAAAAUGGGUGAUGAAAGUGCAGAGCCGACCAGGCUACCAUAUUCACUCAUAAAGUCCAUUACCGGCAAUUUCUCCCGAGAAAUUGGUCGUGGUGGGUUUGGAGUUGUUUACCUGGGAGACCUUCCAAGUGGCAAGGUUGCUGUCAAGAAGCUUUCCAUAUCGCAAGAUUUUUCGGAUCAGUUAUUUCAGGAUGAGGUCCACUGUCUAAUGAGGGUAAAGCACAACAAUAUAGUGAGAUUCCUCGGCUAUUGUUCAGAUACACAAGGGGAACUGGUGGAACACGACGGAAAAAAAGUUAUGGCAGAGGUACGGCAAAGGUUGCUCGUCUUUGACUACGCUCCUAACGGAAGCCUUCAGCUUUAUCUUACAGAGGAAACAAUUGAAUGGACAAGGCGAUAUCAAAUGAUCAAGGGAAUCUGCCAUGGUUUGCAAUAUCUACACAAAGAACGCAUUAAUCAUCUGGACCUCAAACCUGAAAAUGUUCUGCUGGAUGCUUACAUGGAACCCAAAAUUACCGACUUUGGCUUGUCAAGAUGGUUUCAUGAAGGACAGUCCAGAAUUUUCACAAAAAGCACUCCUGGCACAAGGGGAUAUAUUGCACCAGAAAUCAUAGACAAGGGUGAAAUAUCAUUCAAGUCAGACAUAUUCAGUUUCGGCAUUGUAUUCAUAAAGCUGUUAACAGGGAGUGACAACUACGAUUUUGAAAAUUGGCAUAAAUCAAUAGACGUGAAGAGCCCUCAAAUGGAGUGCUGCAUUGAGAUAGCUCGAAAAUGUGUGGACACUGAUCAACACAAAAGACCUUCAAUAGACGAGAUAAUUCAUAAGCUGAAUGAGAUGGGCAGUGCUGAAGAAUCAAGAGAUGACCCAGGGUCUUCAAUACAGCAGGUAAGUGGCGCAUCCACCAUGAAGGAGCUUCCUCCAUCAAUGCCUUGUGUGGACAACCAAGAAGGUGAAAAGGUCAAAAGGGAACUCAAUAAGAUGGAUCCUACGCCACAGGGGCCUGCGGGCCUCAAGAUGCCGCCAGCUCUUCUACAGCCAGUUAUUAUUAAACCAAUGCCGCCACCGUUUGAGGUCAUGCAACCAUCGGCACAACGAAUGGGGGAUCCAUACGACCACAGCGACACAUCCGAUGAUUUGUAUGAUGACUCCGAUGACGACCCCGAAUGUUUCUGCGUGGAUGACCCUAGGAGAGUUUCCCAGCAAUGGAGGCGUCAUAACCGCGGCCUCGUCGACAAGGCCAGGCCAGCAAAUGCUGGAGGCGGCGAUCAAGACAGGAGGACUAACUUAGUCAAGGGAGAAAUAUCUCCAAUCAGCAGGAACCAGCCGAGUCAGGGGAAGAUGGGCAACAUAACCAGCGUCCCAACCAUCGCCAACCAUAGGCCAAUGGCUGGAAAUGGAAUGCUUCCUGAGCAGGUCAUGAUGAGGUAUCCUAACACAAUGGACGUUAGGCCGUGGUCGGUGCCAUUCCCCCUACAGGGUGGUCAUGGAGGUGAGGGCAGCGCGCUGUCCGGACGGGAGGUGCUGCAGGUUGCUGCGGUGGCACAAAACUCCAUUGCGCUGCAGCAGCAGCAGCACAUGGCGUUGAUGCGUCAGCAGCAGCACCACCAGCACCAGCAGCACAUGGCUUUCUAUCUACUGUUGUUUCUGUUCUUGCUUCUGCUUACUAUUAUCGUCAUUGUCAUCGUCAUUCUUACUUUCAAGAAACGGGGGUAGGGCUGGGUAAAUCGUUGCAGAUUAUCUGAACUUGUAUUUUGAUACAGAAAAGGUUGAGAAUAUUUGGAUUUGGUUCAUUCCAUCGGGAACAACAAUUUGUUGAAAUAUAUAAGUUCUACCCCAUUAUG